GCUCUGGAACUAAUCACAGAUUCUGAGAAACCACAACAAUGGCGAGAACCCUAAGGAGCAAACCCGCUCUGCAGCUCCUGAACCGGAUUCUAAAUUCACCGGUCCCUGUUCUCCACCGGUCCACGAGACCCAUCGAAACCCUAGCUUUCGAAGAGGUCAAAACAUCACCAGAAAAGCCCCACAGUUUCACAGCCUUUGUUCUUCACGGUCUCUUGGGUUCUGGUCGAAACUGGCGAUCUUUCUCUCGCUUCCUCCUCUCCUCCCUCCCCUCCGAUUGGAGGAUGGUUCUUGUGGAUUUGAGGAACCACGGAAAUUCGGCUGAAUUGGAAGGUUUAAAUCCACCUCAUGACAUGGUCAAUGCCGCUAAAGAUCUCGCUGAUUUGGUGAAGUCUCAAGGUUGGGCUUGCCCGGAUGUGGUAAUUGGGCAUUCCAUGGGUGGCAAGGUUGCCUUGCAAUUCGCAGAUAGUUGUGCUCGCGGCGAGUUUGGUCAAUUAAUUCAAUUACCCAAACAGCUGUGGAUACUGGAUUCUGUCCCUGGAAAAGUGGAUCGUGAAAACAGUGAUGGAGAAGUAGAGAAAGUUUUGGAGACCUUGAAGGGCCUACCUCCAGCAGUCCCAUCCCGAAAACUUUGUCAGGCAUCUGUCAGCGCCUCAGCAAUAAAACAUGAGGAUUCAUUUCGUACAUUAGUGGGCACCAAAGACAUCAGACGCUGCUUAUUUCUGGGUGGCUGGUGGAUCACAUGACUAAACUUGGGUUUUCAAAGUCAUUGUCACAUUGGAUAGGUAGCAACCUCAAGAAAUCAGGUGAACAUGAGACAUGGGCUUUUAAUCUCGAAGGUGCUAUCCAGAUGUUCAAUUCCUACAGGGAGAUGGAUUAUUGGCCUCUGCUGGAGCACACGCCUAAAGGAAUGGAGAUAGCGAUUGUUCGUGCCGAAAACAGUGACAGGUGGGAGCCAGAUGUAAUUCAGCGGCUUGAAAGCAUUCCCACUAGAAGAGAUGAUGAAUCUGAGGGAAAGGUUUCAGUUCAUGUUCUUCCCAACUCCGGCCAUUGGGUGCAUGUCGACAAUCCAAAGGGACUUCUGGAGAUUGUGACUCCCAAAAUUGCCUCCCUGGUUUAGCAAAAUUCUGGUGCAUCUACAUGACAAAUUAUAAACCUUAACUCAGCUUUAUAAUUUCAAUCAAAUUCUAAGUAAUUUAUUUACUGAAUUGUCACUGUUUUUGCUGCCACCCUUCGAAUUUUUGUUUUCCCAAACAUACCCAACCCACACCUGCUUGUCCAAGAACAGAACUGUAAUAUUCAAUGACUCUUAAUUUUCAAAUGAAAAUUGAAGCUGUA